AUGAAGUAUGGAGAAGCUGGAAGCUUACUUAAGUACUUCCAAACUCAGUUGAUGGAAAAUCCUUCGUUCUAUUAUGCAGUGCAAUUAGAUGCAGAUGAAAAGAUAGCUAAUGUUUUUUGGACAGAUCCGAGAAUGAUAAUUAAUUAUUGUCAUUUUGGUGAUGUUGUCUCAUUUGAAACAAAGUUUCGGAGCAACAAAGAACUCCGUCCCUUUGCAUCAUUUGUGGGUUUUAAUCAUCAUAGAGAGACCAUCGUGUUUGGAGCAGCACUUUUGUAUGAUGAAACUACAGCGUCUUUCCAGUGGUUGUUUGAGACUUUCCUUGAGGCAAUGUCAGGCAAGAAACCCAAAACCAUGUUCACCAAUCAGGAUGAUGCCAUAUCAAAAGCAGUCUCUCUAGUUAUGCCAGAAACAUACCAUCAGUUUUGUAUUUCACACAUGAAACAAAAUGCAGGUAAAAAUCUUAGUCAGUUGUUUAAAGGUGACUGUGAUUUUAAGAAAGAAUUCAAAGCUUGUAUCAGUCAAUAUGAGGAAGUGAACGAGUUCCUACAUGCAUGGGAUGCAAUGCUUGAUAAGUAUAGCAUUCAUGACAACAGUUGGUUGCAAAAAAUAUUUGAAGUGAAAGAGAAAUGGGCCAGACCAUACAUAAAGUACAGCUUUUCAGCUGGAAUUAGGAGUUCAAAUUUGAGUGAGAGUUUGAACUCUAGCUUGAGAAACUAUCUCAAGUCUGAUAUGGACUUGGUGCAGUUUUUUAGGCAUUUUGAACGGGUGUUUAAUGAUAAUUGGUAUAAGGAAUUGGAGUCCGAAUACAAUUCUAGGGAAAAGCUGCCGAAGUUUAAGAUUAAGGCUCCCAUGCUGAUGCAAACUGCAGUAAUUUACACCAAUAAUAUUUUUCAGUUGUUCCAGUCUGAGUAUGAGGAAUUCCAAUCGGCUUACAUCACAUACCGCAACGAGAGCGGCCCAACUCAUGAAUACUUGGUUGCAAUUUGUGAUCAACCCACAGUGUACAAAGUCAUUGGGGACCCUUUGGAGCAAAGUGUGUCAUGUACCUGCAGGAAGUUUGAGACACAUGGAUACUUAUGUAGCCAUGCUGUGAAAGUUCUUGAUGCUAUGGACAUCAAGUACCUGCCAAGCAAGUAUAUCUCAAGACGAUGGUCAAAGGAUGCAUGGGAUGAGAGCAUGAAGGACCAAGAUGGUAAGAAUAUCCAACUUACCACAAAGAUGAAAGCUUCAAUGCAUUAUCGAUACUUGUGCCCCAAGUAUGUUAGGCUUGUUGCUCGAGCAUCAGAAUGCGAGGAAGCUUAUAAGUUUUUGGACAAAUGUUCAGCUGACUUGAGCAUGAAAGUUGAAGAAAUCAUACAAAAGGGAAAAGACAUAAACGAAGCUGCUUUUGAGACUCGUGAUCCUUUAUCUUUGUCAACUUCAUACCAAAAGGAUGAAUCAGUAAAAGAUUUUAAGAGUUCAGACAUUAUAAGAGCAAAAGGCCUUAAAAACUAA